CUUGCGGAGUUGCGCGCCGGACGUCGCAGACGGCGGUUGGGAGAUUGAGCGAUACAACCUCACUCCUCCAGAGCUGCCUUCGGGGCCACGUCCAAUGGGCGCGAAGCGAUGCUUCAAAAUGUUUGACGGCGCGAACGGGGUGAACAGGAAUGUGCGCAAAGUCCUUGGACGCAAGCACAAUAUAAGCGACCACAAACUUCAAGAACUGAUAGUGAAUAUCCAAGCGCAAAUAUGUCUGGGUCUGAAAAAUUGUGAUGCUGGUCUCGUCCCCAAUAGCGCUCCCCAGUCAGCCAUGACAGGGGUACACAGUGCGGCACCAGCAUGAGGAUGAGAGCGAGAAGUUGUUGCAUUCUUGAAUGACAAAGUAUUGACUGGCGGUCAGAGUCCGCUUCAUGCAUCGCUUGUGAUUUUCAUCUCACAUAGAUAUCAGUGGGACACCAGUUUUGAAAUCCUCCGGAUGACCGGGCCAUCUUUGCAAUGCAUACUGAACCCGCGGGUGCAACUUUUCGGAAUGCAGUACGUCGACGGACGGGCUUUUCACCAACUUCGAUUUUGGGAGUACGACGAGACAGCUCCUGGAUCCGGACUACGGAAACCCAUCUGGCUUCGGGUCAUAGACGAGGCGGGAAAUGACCUCUACCGGAGGAACCUGGUGGGGCCUCGAUUACAGCGUCCCUCCGACGGACCCUACCAGGAGAUAUCGAUUGGCGGAUCCUCCAGAAGCGGCUUUAUCGACGGAGAUACGUAUGAGCAACAGCAAGAGGAACAAAUGUAUCCGCAGGCCUGGAAAAUCUUGUUCGAGGACAUCCAACGAAAAAUCUUCAAACAGAAAGAUGCCGGCGAUGACAAUGUCGAAAGCGAUGUCGAAAGCGAUGGCGAGAGCGAUGUCGCAAGCGUUGUCCUCGAAAGUAGCGAUGUCGAAGUCGAUUCGUUGCGUAUCCCCGACAACUGUAGACCCGGUCCUCCUUACUGGUUUCGUUCGAAAGACGAGGGGCUUCCGGUGCUUAUCGAGCUUGAAGUCGUUUCCGAACGUGCGGUGGUUCUUUCCCCGAAUGCUGUGUGGUUUGAUAUUAUCCAAGAAAAGAAAUACCCCAAAAAACUAACUUUCGAGGAAAAGAAAAGGAUAGACGACGAAAAGGAAAAGAAAUACCCCAAAAAGCUAACUUUCGAGGACAUGUGGACGUGGAACGUUCAGGGCGAAAAGGACGAGGAAAUUAUGCCUCUGCCACCAGCUUGGAGCUUGUCAGAGUGGAAGUCAUGGAUUUGUUGCGUCAGUCAAAAGCAUUUGACUUUGUAUGGCGCUGCAGGUUUCGAUUUCGAAUCUGCAGCAAAGUAACCUCCGUACAUAUAUAAGCUUAAGCUGCAUGCUGUGAAGGAAACAUAAUUUGUCUCCGACGCGCUUUUGCCCGAGACUGGGCAAAUGGAUUUCCAUUUUGACAAAUUCCCAACUGAGGUCUCCAUAUAGAUGCCGAAAAGACCGCUCGUCGUGGAAGAGCUACUGAACAAGGCCUCCAAAUUUGAAGGACUCCUAUGGGAAAAAAUCGCGAGUCAACUGAAAUUUCGAGGUUGUGAUGCAUUUUCUCAAAAAUAUAUACGUAGAUUUCUUUGGCCAUCAUGUCAAAGCUCUUCUUGUUGCAACUAAGCACCUAGUAGCGCGAGCAUUCUUAGGCUGGGAUUGCAUGAUGGCCAGCCUCGUGCUUUGCCUUUAUUGGUGGAUCAACCACAUUAAAAAUACAAAAAAGUAGGUCGAUUGACCUUGACUCCAGAGAGAUUUUUCCGCCAUAAGGAACUUUGAAGGCGGUUUUGAAGAAAAAGCAUUUUCCGAUUCCGGAUGAGAAAACGUUAGAGAGGCUUACGGAGCUUUGGGAACUGACAAACGCCACGGAGGGAGCUGAUCCGAACGAUCAGGAGCGACGACGCCGGGCGGAGGUGAGGUACGGAAAGCGCGAAGAAUGGGAUACCACGGUCGUGGAGCGUCGCCGACGCGAAGCUUGAGAAGGACGUUGACGGAUGAUGGAGUCUAGUAGUGUCUUUCGCUCCCAAGACCUGAUGAAAUAGCAGCGAAUUUGUAGUCACUCGACGUUGAUGCACGGGGCGGAGGAGCAGUAUCCAUUUUCCACGUGGAUGUCAGAUCAUAAGUGAAAGUAAAUUUAAGCAUCAGGAUCAGAAGUAUGUUAUUUACAUAUGCAUCUUUCCAGCAUGCCGGCUUUCCGUGCUGUAGUGUUACGUAGCCGGAAAAGACAUUUCUACUUAUUUGGCGCAAUAUUUCUAUCUCAGUUCUUUAUGGUAUUCAAAAGUAUCUUUCCGCUUCCUUCAGUGAGGAAUGCAUAGCAGUUGACUGGAAUUUCUGUUUCUGAAAAUCUUCGCGAAAGUGUUUUCGUUGAGCAUGUUGAGCUGAUUAAGAUUAUAGGCAGAAUAAGAUUAAGUUUCAUCACAAGUAUCUGUAUCACCAGUAGAAGAGCAUGAACAUGAAGAACUUUCCUUUCGCGUACGAUACCCAGUUGGAGGCGGUACUGCUUGAGUUGAAGUUUCAGUGCUCAGGCCCGCUUCCCCUGCAGCUGCGUGGAUCUACAUAAGGAAGAACUGUUGAAUGAUGUUUUGGGGAGAGCAGAACUUUCAUGUUGUCCAUCACCCUCCCUUGGAUCAGCACUUGGCUAUUGAC